UCAUAUAUGUAAACCGUGAAGUGUCUUUAUAGUCCUGUUUCCAUUGUAUAAAGCCUCCAUUAAGAAACUUAAAAAAAGAAAUCAAAACUCUGGUAUUACUUCCUCUCCCAUUUGAUAAGAUUCUGGUUUCUAUUUAUUGAAUUGGCUGCAUACAAAAUGACAAAUGGAAUACUUUUGAACCUCUUGCGUGGGAAAGCCAUCCUAUUUGCAAUGACUAUAUAUAGCCUUUCUAGCUCUGAUUCUACUUUUUGCUCACAAAUUAGAGUUUAGAUUGUUUUUGCCUGGUGGUCUUGAUCCUAACCAUUGUUACCUGCAUUGCUUUGAGUUGCAUCAGAAAGUGAUUGUGUAAAGUUUUAGAAAAGAAAAAGUAGAAAAAGCUAAGGAAUGCUUAAUUUAACUGUCCCAGUCAGGGGUAAUUCACCAACGUGUACUAGUUCUCAGGUUUGGGGUGGUUCUUUAUAGUGAGAGAGUGCUACUGAUGAGCUCUGCUUGCAAAGAUGAGAUUAGGAAAUCUCAUGUGCCUGUAAGAAUUUAAGUGAGCCAUUUUAUGAGGCAGUUUUCAUUUUAAGGUUUUUCUUCAGGAAUAGAUUUUAAGAACUUGGGGGGUGAUGUCUAAGGGAGGUCAGUGAUACCAGGACACGACACCACUUGCAGCACAGGAGUUCAGACUGCACUGGCCCUGGAUUCACACAGAGGAACCUUCUCCCAAAAGAACCAAUCAACUUCUAACUGUUGUGGUUAUUUGCAUAACUCAAGUGAGAAGCAAGGGCCCUUUGGUUUAACUUCUGUGUCAUAUGAGGUCUGGAAUGAGUCAUGAACACUGGAAUUGUGGAAUUGGAGAAGAGAAUGAGGACCCACACACUAUGAUAAAAAUUAAAAAGCAAGGCAAAGAGUUCCUUCUCUUGUACUCAUAUCUGCACCAUGUCUAGAACAACUUCCCUUCCCAAGAGAAUUAAAAUACAUUUUAUGUUUUUCCCUGCAAUACUCUCUGAUAGUACUACUGUUCUGGAAUUUCAAUUCUCAUGCAGCAUACCGGCCCCUUUGCACAGUGAAAACGAUUAUUUUGGAGUCUGUUCAGAGCCAGUGAUCAAAGACAAUGUAGUUGUGGUUUAUGAGGUAUUGGAAGAGAUGCUUGACAAUGGUUUUCCAUUGGCUACCGAGUCGAACAUUCUUAAAGAACUCAUAAAGCCUCCCACUAUCCUUCGAACAGUUGUCAACACCAUCACAGGAAGCACGAAUGUGGGUGACCAGCUUCCCACUGGGCAGCUGUCAGUGGUGCCUUGGCGACGGACUGGGGUGAAAUACACCAACAAUGAGGCCUAUUUUGAUGUGAUUGAAGAGAUUGAUGCAAUUAUUGAUAAAUCAGGCUCCACAAUUACUGCUGAGAUCCAGGGGGUGAUUGAUGCCUGUGUCAAGCUGACUGGCAUGCCAGACCUUACACUUUCCUUCAUGAACCCUAGGUUGUUGGAUGAUGUCAGCUUCCAUCCUUGUGUUCGUUUCAAGCGCUGGGAAUCUGAGCGCAUCCUCUCCUUCAUCCCUCCUGAUGGAAACUUCCGCCUGCUGUCUUACCAUGUCAGUGCGCAGAAUCUGGUUGCAAUCCCAGUGUAUGUCAAACAUAACAUCAGUUUCCGGGACAGUAGUUCCCUUGGACGCUUUGAAAUAACGGUGGGACCCAAGCAGACGAUGGGGAAGACCAUCGAGGGAGUGACUGUCACCAGCCAGAUGCCCAAGGGAGUCCUGAACAUGAACCUUACUCCAUCACAGGGGACGCACACAUUCGACCCAGUCACAAAGAUGCUGUCUUGGGAUGUAGGAAAAAUAAAUCCACAAAAGCUACCAAGUUUGAAGGGGACCAUGAGUCUUCAGGCCGGAGCUUCCAAACCAGAUGAAAACCCCACAAUUAACCUGCAGUUUAAGAUCCAGCAGCUGGCCAUUUCUGGACUCAAGGUGAAUCGUCUGGAUAUGUAUGGAGAGAAGUACAAACCCUUUAAGGGCAUAAAAUACAUGACCAAAGCUGGAAAGUUCCAAGUUCGAACCUGAAGGGAGCAUUUGCUGAGGGAAUAGUCUUGCACACUUUUUCAUUUCUUACUUGUCUAAAAGUAAAAAAAAUAUAUCAGCCUGUCUCCUAGGUCAGUUCCCUCCUGGACCCACCCGCUCCCUUUUUUCCUUAGCCUUCAGUGCCAUGGAACUAAUCAAGGGAGGAAAAGGUCACCAGGGAGAACUGGACAGAACUGAAACACAGCAACACCAGUUCUCAAGGACGAGGUGUGUGAUGGGGAUAGGAAGCUUGGUGCUUAUGUAACCAUUUUAAACGUGGUUUCUAUAGGAAAGACCAACAUUUGUUUAGCUUGCUUGGCUUUAAAGUCGAUGAAAGACUUCUUUGUUGAUUUUUUAAGACAGAAAGAUUAGAAAGAAAGAAAGAUGGGAAGAAAAUGAAUGUUAGUCAAGGAAAGGCCAGUUAAGGAUCUGAUCUAUGAAGGAGAAGAAAGAGGGAAAAGAAGUAAAGGAGUUAGGAGGAGACACUUAAAUGAAAGAUUGGCAAGAAAAGUGGUCAGACUCUACCUUAAGGAGGGAUGGGAAGGAAAAGAGUUGAGUUGGUUUCUUUCUAAUUCCUCUACUCAUGUAGAAAACACUUGUACUUCUGGAAAUGGACUGGAAACUUUUUAAAUUUGAGUCCACUAUUGACAUGGAAACCCCAGUGGAAUCAGAUUUUCCCUCGAAGACCAUGAUGGUAUCGGACUAGUUUUCAGACACUGCCUGUUGCUGUCCAUUAGCACUUGGUCUCUUAUCUUCAGUGAGAAGGUGACCCGUCGUCUUCCCAUGGUGGCUGCCUAAAAUGCUUCUUUUCUAACCCAAAACAGUUCUACUCACGUCCUUUACAGAAUUCACCAGCCAUUUCUACAGGAUUUUUUAAAAGUAAGAGAGUUUCAGAGAAGCCAAUCCCAUAAUCCCCAGUGCAGCCAGGGUUUGUGUGUCAUCGUACUGGAGUAGAGAGGGCCGACUCUUCCCAUGAAGGUGGGCACGGCUGUGAGUGAGUGAGCUCAUAUCUCCAUUUGUCAGUGCUGGACUGGUACCAGACUGUAACCUUCCCGUUGGUCGGAAACUUUUCCAUCUGUCGCCCUAGAAAAAGAGAAAGCUUACCAUCGAGGAUGUGGUUGAUCCUUGAAACUGCUUGGUAAAGUUAUCAUUUCCUCACAGUCUUUUCUUUUGUACUCUAUCAUGUAUUCAUUAAUAUCUACCAGUCCCUUUUCAUUCUAAGACAAAACAUUUCCCCUAAAUCUCUGAAUAAAAUCAGUGCUGUAGGAAGAUGGACUGUGUUGAUCAUGGGUGUAAGCAACACAGUUUAAGAAACAUGGCAACUAAAGGGAUACCUCAGGCUUUCUUUCCCAGUGGGUCAUUUUUGUCCUAGUUCAGUGCGUCUAUUACUAUUGAAAUAUUUAUACAAAAGGUUUUUUGUUUAAUUAUAGCUUAAGGAAUGAUACUGUGCUCUGCUUUGUGCAUGGAGAAAAAGGAAGACCCGUACUCUUCACACCCUAGAGCUUUUCUCUAAAUAUUGUGCAAAGUUUUUGCUAGUUUUAUCUUCCGACUUUGGGACUAGUUUUUGCUGCAGAGUUAUGUUGCUUUGUGAUUUUCCUCUGGGAUAAAGUGUACUGUACACAACCAGAUGGGUUCCACACUCCAUCACUCCACAAUUUGUCCUGGAGUGACAUACACAUCCACCACGGAAAGGGAAGCGUCUCUGCCUGUGGAUUCCCAAGUACUUUGAAGCACCUCUCUUGAGGAACCUACAGGAUUCUAAGGUUUCCUAGGUCACUGAACAACUAAUCUUGGUCCCUGAAUAUUUCUAGGUUUGUAAGUGCAGCAGUUUUAUUUCCUCUAGAACUCAUCCUGUUUCAAGGGAAGUACCUAAGAAGAUAGAGUGUUUCUAAGGUAAGGGACCUGCAGGUGUAAGCAUAGAUGAAAUAACUGUCCUGUCACGUGUGCAGCAGGCGGUGGAUCACAGCAGGCUUCGCUGCCACCAUCCCUGCAGUGUCAGCAUAAGCAGUGCAGGGUGUCUCCAUCAAGCCAUUUGGUUCCAUGUGUGUUUAACAUGUGCAGAAGUAGCUUCUCUGUUUAAGUUUAAUAAAGUUGAGUUUCACCAGU